UAAUCAACAUAACUAUCAUUGCUAAAAAUCUCAAAAAAAUGCCCUUCAAAGUUGUACAGACCGAUGAAGAUGGGGAGCUGUGUCUCAGCGUAGUCCCUUCCGGCUGGGAAAAAGACGGUUUUCUAUGGUGGCCAAAGGCGAUGAGCGCAGCCAAAUUGAUGUUGGAUGAAUCAUCUAUGCCUACAAACAAGUGGCAGCGAAUGCGUUGCGUGAAAAAGCGAGAGUGCCGUACUAAAUUGGAGGCUGAAGCCGAGAUCCGCAAAAUGGAAACACUCCCUGACACCGAAGCAGAGGAACCCCCAACUGCAGCCAAAAAACAGCGGAAGCAAAUCAUUUCAAAUUCAAAUGAACAAAAACAUGUUCCGAAGAACUUCAACGAAUUUGUUCCUGUUGAGAUUCGCAAUCCGGAAGUGUCAGUAAUGACGGAGCCGAGAAUUCCAGAUACCACGGUUGCGUUGCAGUUGCCAGAAGGAGCGUUCAACAAUAUUGUAUAUAUGAACGAAGAUGUUGGAGCAGGUACAAGUGGAAGUGAAGUUACAAUCCAGUCUGUCGUGAACACGAUUUCACAACCGCUAUCUUUGGAGGAUAUUGCAACCAACCAGGUUAUCAUCGUCGAGAAUCAGACAAAAAUAAUCAACAGCCUUGCUCAAUUAAAAACAAGUAUGGACUAUUUUCAUACAAGAAUGGACAAUAUUGAAUCAGUCCUGUCAGGCAGUAAAGCGUCAAUGGACAAAGCUCAAUCAGAGGACUGUUUCAAACCCGUUGAUUCACUUGAGAUGCUCGAUGCUUUGGAGAUGAGCCUGAAGGACGAUACUGUUUUUUCCAAAUACGUCAAAAUCAUGAGUCACAUCUGUGGUACAAAUGGAAAGGAGGAUGGCAUUGAUUGUUGCUAUCGUCUUAUCGAUCAUUUUAUUACUCGACAGUUUCUAACGAAAUGUUCUUGGACGGGAAUUUCAAGAGAAAAUGUUUCAGAGGAGCCCAAGGGAGAAAGUGAGCUUCAAUCGAAAAUUUCAUUAUUGGCUUAUCGACGUAUUCGUGAGCUAUUCUUGAAAUUGAUUCUGCAAGCCGACUACACCUUCACGGUUAUAAAAUGUGAUGCAUUUUUCAAGCGAGUUUUGAAAAAUAGUAAGCAGCGUGUACUGUCAAAAACAGUAUCUAAGCAUAAGAAUCGUCCGGCGAACCUGCAGUAUGGAAUCCGAAACAAACAGCCGCAUUCGUCGAACCAAAUGGGAGCAUCCGGUGAAUCCAGCCAAUAAGAACUAACUUUCGCCGUUAUAGCAAUUAAGAUUUUUUUUAUUGUUGUUCAUUUUCUGGUUUUUAAUAAAGUACACUUGUUUGUUACUUUCUUGUUCUUAUAUUUUAAUAGAGAUCUUCAGUGAGUAGCUAUUUUACAAAGUAUGUAAUAAUGGAA